CAGCAGCAGCAGCAGCAGCAGCAACAGCCGUCGAGGCACAAUUACUGCAGAGCGCCCCAACAACUCCGACAACCCAACGCUGAGUACCGUGCCACGUCCAGUGCGGCUGUAAAUUUUUUUUUGUUGCGUUUUUCACAUCGACUGCGCAGUCAGCGUGAGCAGCAGCGACAGCAUCGACAGCAUCCACAUCAAUUUGGCUAUUGGGCAAAAAUAAUUUAAGAAAAAUAUAUGUGAUGCUAUGCACAUCAGCAGCUAUGAAUUAUGUCUAGAACGUGUCGCUGAGGAAUUCAUGGGUCGCAGGAAAUGGAAACAUUAUCAAGAUCAACUGACGUUCAACCCAUUGAAUAUCGCCGAGCAACAGCCCAUAUCUACAACAGAAGACAGCAUCUAUCAGAAGCCACUGAACCACCGUUUAGCGCAGCCCAACGGCCAACAUUGCAACAAUAACAAUAACAACGGCGCACUGCAAUUUGAAAGAGAUUUUGAGAAGAACCACACAUCACACGACCACGACUCAAGUGGAACAUCACGUAGUAGCUCCGGCUCACCAUCACCACCGUCAGAACCCAACGAUUGGACACCGUUUGAUAAGUGCAAUUUCUGUGUUAACGGUCGCUUGUUAACGGUGAACGCCAAAGGCGAAUUGGUGGUCGAAACAACGGCAACCGCGUCUAGCCUUAAUUGUAGCAGCAACAGCAACAACAACAACGGCACAGCUGAGCAGCAGCACGAUAGCGACAGCAGCUCAAGCGCAUCACUGCACAAUAGUAGCAGAAAUACCAACAACAACAACAACAACAGUAACAGCAACAGUUGCAACAAGCAUAGAGUACGCAACGCCGCAAACAACGCUACAACAUCGUCAUCAGCAAGUACAAUAGAACUUCAGAAGCUGCUCACCCAGCAAGCAGUAGAAAUGACAUCGAUGGAAUCAAUGGCCGCCAAGCUGGCACAGUUCUCAAUGAUGGCCGAUUUCAAUCUGAUGAGCACGCUGGCCAAUCAACAACAUACUAACUCGGUAACACCAACUACCUCUGAAGUAUCUGCCGCCGCCGCCAGUCCCGCACUCAAAGAUACGCCCAGUCCCAGUGCGGAUGCGCCUCUGGAUCUAAGCAGCAAACCAUCGCCAAAUUCAUCGAUUAGCGGCGAUAUAAAGACAGCCAGAGCUCUGUCUGACUGUGCCACGCCCAUUUCAGCAGCACGACACAGCUACAGUCACGAGGAUCUGAACAGUGCGCUGCAGGAUGUGCUGGUCAAUAAACUGGGUACCCGCAAAGCAGCCAAGGAGUAUCAUGUGCCGCGCUCCGCGCUGCGCAACAAGCUGUGCAAAAUGUCCUUGGAUGCGAAACGACCGAAUGCGCAAGCGACGCCAGAGCUGCAGCAGCAGCAGCAGCAGCGCUAUCUGGGCGAGCAGGACGAGUCCGAGGAGGAGGCUGGUGAUGGUGAUGGCGACAGCAAUGCCUCAACGCCAGCGCUGGGCUAUCAGGAAAUUGCCCAACGUAUUGUGUCCACCGAGCAUCUGCACAAGCUGAGCACCAUGUCCGAGCACAAUGGCAGCGAACUGGGCGACGAUCUCGAUCCCGUUCUGUCGCCAAAGUCGUCGCGGACGCCACAGAGAGACGGCACUCCAACGGAUAUGCAAGCUGCAGCGGCAGCAGCAGCAGCAGCCGGUGGUGGCACCAAUGCCACCGGAAUGCCAAUGCCCAUCGAUCCCACUGUUCUGUUGAAUACGCUGUUCCUGGCUGCCGGCUUUGGUGUUAUACCCAAGCUGGACGAGACGCAGACGCUGGGUGAUCUGCUCAAAUCGCUGCUAAUGGCCAAAAGUGGCGGCAUGAUUAAUGAGGCGGUGGUUAAUGCUGCUGCAUCUGGACACGAGAGCAAUGGCAGUGCCUCACUGCUCGAUCAGUGCCGGCUGCAACAGCAACAGCAACAACAGUUGCAGGAUCUAAAUGCAGUUGCCGCCUAUCGCCGUCAUCUACCAAAGUCUGAAACGCCUGAGACGAGCUCCUCGCUGGAUGCCAAUGAGGCAUGUGAGGAUCCCAUACUGAAGAUUCCGUCCUUCAAGAUCAGCGGCGCACCGAGCGUCUCACCCACGUUGCGCUGCAACAACAGCAGCAGCAGCAGCAUGAACAACAACAAUAACAACAACUCAACAACACACAGCAGCAGCAACCGCAACGGCAGCGGCGAUCAUAGCCCACAUUCUGCCUCACCAAUGCUGGCAGCAGCAGUUGCUGCCGCAGCGGCCAGCAACAGUUACAGGCAUAGCGGCAGCAGCAACACCGGCAACAAUCUGUUGUCGCCAUCGCCGACAUCAAUACAGAAGAUGAUGGCCAACACCAUACAGCGCAAGAUCAACGAGCAGAGUAGCCAGGAUAGUCUGCGCAACAAUGGCAACACCAGCGGCAGCGAAUGCAGCAGCAGUGGAGGCGGUGGGAACAGCAGCGCGAGCAGGAAGCCAAGCAUAUCGGUGGCCAAAAUGAUUGGCGGCACAGACACCUCACGCUUUGGCGCCUCACCUAAUCUGCUCGCGCAGCAACAUCACAGCCAUCUGCCACCCGCACAUCAUGCCCACCAGCAGCAGCAUACGCAUCCGCAUCCGCAUUCGCAUUCACAUCAGCAUCAGCAGCUCAGUGCCCAGGAUGCGGCGGCGUUGGCAGCUGGCAAGGGGACGCGACCGAAGCGUGGUAAGUACCGCAACUACGACAGGGACAGCCUGGUCGAGGCAGUCAAGGCCGUGCAGCGGGGUGAGAUGUCUGUGCAUCGUGCCGGUAGCUAUUAUGGUGUGCCGCACUCAACGCUGGAGUACAAAGUGAAGGAGCGACAUUUGAUGCGACCGCGCAAGCGGGAGCCCAAACCGCAACCGGAUCUCGUGGGGCUGACGGGGGCAGCGAAUAAGAUUAGUUUGACUGCACUCAAUAAUCUAGACAAACUCAAGGCUGCCAGCGGCAGCAGCAGCAAUGCCACCAGCAGUUCCGGCUCCAAGCUAAGCAAUGCACUAAAGAGCAGCAGUAGCAGUGCGGCAAGUGCAGCGGCGUCGGUGCCCAAUGGCAUUAAGCUGCCCAUAUAUGAUGCAGCACCGCAGCUGUCCUUUCAGCCGAACAUGUUCUGGCCACAGACGAAUGCCGGCGCCAACUAUGCUCUGGACUUCAAUCGCAAUCCCGAAUUCAUCAAGUCACAUCUGGCCGAGGUGAUGCGCAACAGUCAACUGGGCGUGGCUACCAAUCAUCAUGGUCAUGGUGGCGGGCAUAUGAAAAGUGCUCUUGACUUUGCCGAGAACAUGUACGACGGCAUCAUCCGGAAGACGCUGAAGAACGAUGGCGAUGUGAGCACCAGCGGCAAUGGCAAUGCACUGCUGGAUCAGUUGCUGGUAAAGAAGACGCCACUGCCGUUCACCAAUAACCGCAGCAAUGACUACCUCGGCGCCGCCUGUUCCACCUCCGAGAGCAAUAAACGUGCCGGCAGUCCGAUGGGCGCCUAUACGGAUAUUAAACGUGAGCGUCUCAGUCCCAUGCGCAGUGCGGAUAGUGCUAGCAGUGAUGACGAUCAUGAGCAUUCCAACAACAACAAUAACAACAACAGCGACCUGGCGCACAACAAGAACAACAAGAGCAGCAGCAACAACAACAACAACGGCAGUAGCAGCAACAAUGGAAAUGGCCGCAGCCGGAUGACAUCACGCGACUCGGAAACGGACGCCAGUAGCCUGAAGAGCGAACAUUCGCACAGCUCCUCGGCGGCAGCACAACUCGCCAAUGCAAGCAGCAACAAAAACAAAAUGAUGGAUCUCAAUGGCAGCAACAGUGUCAAAUUCGAGUCGGAGCAGCAAGCAGCGCAGAUCUCGCCCAGUAACUCCAUAUUGCACGAAAAGCUGGCGAAGAUCAAGGCCGAGCAGUCCGAAGUGCAUUCGGCAACCACCGAGGAGCAGUUAUAGAGCAGGUGGCACAUCGGCGACUGUCCGCAGCAGCAACAGCAACAGCAGCAGCAACAGCAACUGGUGGCACCAACAUUUGUGUGGCCACCGCUGGCCACACACUACUAUAGCUUCUAGGUUGGGCAGCGGUUAAAUGAGAACCGAGUCUAGUAUAGUUGUAUUUGUACAGAUUGAGUAUGUGUCUAGAAAUCAUAUAUAAGAUGGAAGCAAACCAAAUUUUUUAAGUAUAUAUGAUAUAUGUAUAUGUAUACAUAGCAAAAGUAAAGAGCCCAAUUUGAAUUAUGCUGAGCGUCGUGGCUCUUAUUGUUAGUUAAGAUGUAAUUAACACAACAAACAACAUAUUUCAAAAUGUAUGCACACAUCUGAAAUACACAAGAACAGCAACAAAACAGCAACAACAACAACAACAACAAAACAAAACAUACAUAAAUAACCGACGUAUUUAUGUAUAUUUAUUGUUUAGUUUUUGACAAUCGACAAAUAGGCAUUCUCUUGUACAAACUUUCUAAAUAACAAACAAACAAACAAAAAACCAAAUAAAAAGAAAACCUUACAAAUAAAUAUCAACAACAUCAAGAAUAUAAGCGACAAAAAUUUGUUAAGACCAAACUUAAAAAAAAAAAAAAUAAGAAACAUUUAAUUUGCAUUAACAAUUCCGUUUAGUAGCCAAAAAGAA